AUGGCCAGCGCCGGGGGAGCCUGGGACUGGGACCGGGAGCAGCUGCCGAGCCGGGAGAUGGAGCUGGAGCCCUGCAGGCCCCCGCCGCUGCCAGGGAAAACCCAGAGGGCCAUCAUGCAGGCACGGGACGGCAUCCGCGCCCGCUGCAGCAGCCUGGACCUGGGUACCCCCGGACCACCCGCCUCCACGCCAGACACCCUGGGGUGCUGCCCGCCUCGACCCCCCAUCUCGGCCCUCAUCUACAGCAACGUGGGAGAGCUGCGGGCCCACCUCGUCCCCCGCAAGGCGAGCCGAGGGGAUGGAGCUGGGAGACCCCCCUCUCAGCCCGACCAGGACCCCCUGCCUCCCCCACUGCCGAAAAAGCAGCUCCAGCGAGCGGAGUCCCUCCCGGAGCAGGGGCCAUCCCGGCACUGUCAGGGUGAUCCCACAGCAUGGGCCAGCAGCAUCCUCCACAGCAUCCCACCACCCGAUCUAGAGCACAAGGAGGGGGCUCCCAGCACCAUCCCCCCGCGGGACAGAUCCUCCUGGGGACCCAAGAAGCCCCUGACCAAGUCCCAAAGCCUGGUAGAACCGGUGGUCCAGAGCAGCCCACAAAAAGCCCCAUCGCCCAGCCCAGCGGAGCUGACGUUCCGGACGGCGGACGGGGAGCUGGGGCAGCUCCCGGAGCGAUGGGCAGCGCUCAGCAUCCUGGACCGGGAGCCGUGCUGUGAAAGCGGGGACGCUUGGUAUUUCCGGGUGGGCUUCGCUUUUGAGCAAACCCAGCUGGUGUUUGCAGCCAAGACGUCGCUGCUGGUGCGGGACGUGGAGGCAAAGUCGACAGCUCCCACGGGGUCCAAAGGACACGUCACGGAGAAUGGCACCACUGGGGAAGAUGCCCUGGCCCCCAAGCCUGGCUGCGCCAGCCGGGUGGUGCAGAGCUCCCUUGGGGCUCACUGCAGCAUCCAGCACCUGAUCGGCCACUUCACCGACCGCCUCCCUCAAGAGCUGGUGCUCCCGGGGAGCCCUGGGGAGCAGAGUUCCCUACCAGACCCUGGCGGGCUUCGUCAAGGGAUCCCAUGGUUUGCACCGGACAGCAUCCAGCACCUGAUCGGCCACUUCACCGACCGCCUCCCUCAAGAGCUGGUGCUCCCGGGGAGCCCUGGGGAGCAGAGUUGGUCCCGUGCUGGAGAGGAGCCAACCUGUCUUGCCACCCGCCCUGUCCUUCUUUCUCCUGAGGUUCCCUACCAGACCCUGGCGGGCUUCGUCAAGGGAUCCCAUGGUUUGCACCGGACCAGCCCCGGGCACUACGAACGCCUGGCUUGCCUCCUCCUCCUGCAGGUGUGCAUGGGGCUGGAGCACCUCCGGGUGCAGAACGUGGGGCAGGGGGACCUCUGCCCUGAAAACCUACUGCUGGUGCGGUGCCCGUGUCCUCUCCGGAGCCAGCAAGGCAAGGAGGCAUCCCUGGGGCUGUCCCUUCCAAGGCUGCUCAUCAGCAGCUUCUUCAAGGUUAAAGACAAGAGAAGACCUUGUUCUACCAGCCAAGAGCAGGACUUGACCGAGGGGCUUGCUGCACCACCCUCCCCGGUGGCAGAUGAGCUGAAUGUAGGCAUGCUGAUCUAUCAGAUCUUGCAUGUGGACAUCUCUCUGGAAAACGCUUUGGGGUUCAGAAGCAACAGACUUCCUGAAAUCCCCUCCCUGUCCAUUUAUUCCACGGGACUUAAGUGUCUGGCCAUGCUGCUCCUCCACAGAGACCCCUGCAAGAGGGUCUCCAUCGAGCAGGCAAGGUGCAUGCUGCAGGUCCUGCUCUGGGGGCCUCGCCAGGAGCUCUUCGCCAGGAGCAAGAAGACCCUCGCCCUGCUCCGGAGCUGGGUGGAGGUGAAGAGGGCUCUGCUGCUCCUGAAGUUUGUGAAGAAUUCGGCUGGGGCAGGGGCGAGCCCUGGCCUCGAGGACUGGCUGUGCUGCCAGUACUUCAAGGAGGUCACCGAACACACACUCUACCAAGUCACCCAGGCUCUCUACACUCCCUAA